CCAUGCUCUAAAAAACACUACAGAACCACUACGCUAGAUCUGAAAAGAAUACUAAACCUAAUCCCAUAUAGCCUAGCCUAAUCGAGCACACCGCCGCCGCCGCCGCGCCGGUUCAGCGCUGCCCUCACAUCGCCGGCAGCCCAGCCCUCACGCUGCGGCCGUGGCGCCGUCCUCUACGCCCUCCGUCGCCGCCGUCCUCUACGCCCCUCUGCCGCCGCCGAAGCUCUCCACGGCAACAACCCUCUCCACCGUCGACGGCACCCUGUAGUCUUGCACGCCUCCGACUUCUGCACCCGAAAAUUAUUAUCCAACACAUACGAUAGGUCAGGAUUUUAUUUGUACUUAUGCUAGCCAUGAUUCUUCAAAGCAGGCCUAAUAUGUGAACGAUCUGAACCGUGAAGUCUGAAACUAUGACUACUAACCUCUGUUUCCAGUCUAGUACUGUGAGUCUGACCAGAGCACUAUUGUGAUUUGAGCUGAACUAGUAUGUCUAUGUUUUUGAUUCUUUGAUAGUUUUUGUGUUGCCGAAGCUGAAAAUAUAUGCUUAAAUGGGUAUCUUAUUACAUAACCAUGAUAUAUAUCAUAAUAUUCUGUAGUCAUGUUUGCAAAUUGAACAAGUUUGUUGGUUUGCUUUUUCUUCUUCUAUGGCUGGUGGCUAACUCUUGUUUUGACUUUCUUGAAUGCUCGAUGGAACUUCUCUUGCAGAGACAGGCUGAGAUUGUUAAAUGGCAAAGAGAAAGAUGGGUUCAGAAGAGGACAUACGUGGAAAAACGGUGAAAAGAAAGGGACCGAGGCUUCAGCUGACUAGCCUGCCAACGGAAAUUCUCUGUUGUAUCUUGUCGCAACUGCCGAUAAAAGAAGCUGUGCGGACUAGCAUACUGUAGGAACAGUGGAGAUGUCUUUGGCGUUGCCACUCGAAUCUAGCAUUCAGUCUUAUAUCAAUGUUGCCAGCAGUUCCUCGUAAUCGUAUCAUUGGAGCGCUAAAACUUGAUGAUAAUAAACUGAGGAAGCAAGAGUUUAUUCAGAGAGUUGAUGCAGUCCUAGAGAAACACAGUGGUGCAGGGGUUGACAGGAUUCAGUUUCGUGCUCCAUUUGAUAAUAAGCAUAGAGACCAGAUAGAAAGAUGGGUGAACUUUGCUACUGCCUCGAAGGCGAAGCAGAUUAUUUUCGAUUUCUCGACCGCCAGCGACAUAAGUCAGCCAUGUAACUUCGAUUUGCAUCUUCUUGAUGAUAGUAAAAGUUUAAGCUUGCGGUCUAUAAAACUCUGCUCUGUUUCUCUAAAGGUGCCCGUGGGAUUCAAGGGUUUUCAGAACCUUAAAUCGACUUACCUAGCAGACACAAAUAUUACUGAUGAUGGUCUUCAACAUUUGAUGUCCAACUGCAGUGUUCUAGAGUUCCUUGGAAUUGCAGGUUGUGCAAUGCUUACAACGUUGCAAAUAUCUCAUCCUUCAAACACACUUAAGCAUUUGCAUGUAUAUGACUGCUGUUUGCUUCAAGGGAUGGAGUUAAACUUUGGUCUGGUAAGACUUGAGUACAGAGGUCUGCCGAUUGUGUUAUCGCCUCCUGGAACCUUGCUUCUAACAAAUAUGUGCAUAAAGUUGGAGGGUAUUUGUACUUCUCUUGAAUACAUCUUCACCAAACUUCGUGAUAAUGUGCCUCGUCUCGAGGUUCUGAAUCUAAAAUGCCAGGAGUAUAAGAUGACUACAUUGCCAGGAAAGCUGCAUGAGUUUGUUUAUUUGAAGCACCUGAUAUUGGAGUUAACUUUUGAGAGCUGUCAGAGAGGGAAGACUGAUAUCCUUCAAUUUGCCUGCCUUCUGGUUGCUGCUCCUUCCUUAGAAAAGCUUGAAUUUCAUAUGUGGCUGCGCUGGGGUCGGGAACGGUAUAGAGCCGAGGACGGGAGUCUCCGGAGCCUUCCUUCCCAGCCACACUCCCAUCUCAGGUCGGUCGAUAUCACGGGGUUUUACGGCGAGAAGGACCGGCUGGAGCUUGUGCUCCACAUCCUCAGAGAUUCCGUUGCGCUGGAGUCGAUGAAGGUAGAUCCAAGCCCUGUGGUUGCUGCUGAUGUUAACCGACUUGGGGGACUGGGGAGCAUGCAUGUUCCUCAUUUUGUGGAUGGCUAUGAAGUCGCCCUUGAGUUCCUCUGCAGCAGAGACCGUCGCAAUGUUGUCCAUGGCGCGAGCCCCGAUAUCAUCGAGAGGGCCCGACGUGGGUCUUCCCCCCUGAGUCCACGCAACAGUAGUGCAAAGGCAUCCUGGCAACGUGUGAAGAGGGUGAAGCGAUUGUCGCGGCCUUCCUCCAGCCGAGGAGCUUCCUGAAGCUGCUCUAUAUACCGGCAAGUACCUGGAAACAGACGAGAAGCAAAAGAAUCCAGCUCUGCCGACGUAAUAGAGCCGUCGUGUUGUGGGUUCCCUGAGGUUGCUAUAUUUUCUGGCUUUGUUGUGUUAAAAAAACUUCAAUGAUUUCAGCAACUUUUGUGUUAGGAUCUAAGUAGUGAUCGCCCGAUCUAUUACACUUGCUCACGAAUUCGAGUCCCAGAGG